GGCCCGCCGCCGCCGCCGCCGGUGGCCGGCCAAGAUGGCGGCGGGCGUUCGCUGUAUGGAGGCCGGCAAGAGACUCUCGGUCGAAGGAAAUAUCGCUGUGGGGAAAUCCACUUUUGUGAGGCUGCUCCGCAAAGCCUUCCCCGAGUGGCGCAUGACUCCCGAACCUGUCUCCAAGUGGCAGAAGGUCCAAGCUGCCGGUGUGCCUCCGCAGGCCCCCAGUUCUCAGAGCGUUGGGAACCUGCUCCAGAUGGUCUACCAGGAUCCCACGCGCUGGGCCUACACCUUCCAGACCUACUCCUGCCUAAGCCGACUCAAGGCCCAACUGGAGCCUCUGCCCGCCAAGUCCCCAAAUGCCCAGGAGCUGGUGCAGGUUUUUGAGAGAUCCAUCUAUAGUGACAGGUACGUCUUUGCAAAAAAUCUCUUUGAGAUUGGCCACCUGGCAGAGACGGAGUGGAUCAUCUACCAGGACUGGCACUCCUUUCUCCUGCAAGCAUUUGAGGAUCAGCUUAGCCUGCAUGGCUUCCUGUAUCUCCGGGCGCCUCCAGAGAUCUGCCUGGAGAGGUUGCGUCGGAGAGCAAGGCCUGAAGAGGAUGGGGUUCAGCUGCACUACCUGGAGCAACUUCACACACAACAUGAAAACUGGCUGGUGAAGAAGAUCACCAAGAUCCAUUGUCAGAACGUAAGGGAUGCUCCUGUCUUGCUGCUUGAUGUCACAAAAGAUUUUGAGAGUGAUCCAAAGGAGCAAGGAAGGCUCAUGAGCCAGGUGAAGUUGUUUCUGAAGUCCCUCUGCCCAGAGGCCCUGCCGUCUGCCUCCGCUGCGGCUUCCUAGUGAGAAACUUGUCCUGGGAGCAAAUUACCCUGAACUGCUUACUGGAUUGGUGGGGAAAAAUGUCAGUUUCAUUCACCCUGGGAGACCAAGCCCAUCUGGAAUGAAGAAUUUGGGGGAGGCUGGAGGGAGCCCCAAGUCCUUGGUGUAGCAUACGAGAAUCAUGAGAACAAACACACCCUUCAUUGGCUAUGGAAUUCCAGGAUUCCCUGGUUGAGGUCCUGUGGCGUGAAGGGUACUUUUGUAUAGAUUGGGUCAGUUGGGCCCAUCCAGGGUUGUAACACAGUCUCUGUGCAGCCUUUUGCUUUGGCAUGGAUGCAAGGUGAUUAUGGAGGUACUCUGCCAGGAGAGAGAUCACUGGUUCCUUUAAUACAAUAUUUGGUCUUAUUUUGGGGGGUUCCAUAAUUCCAGAGCACUGGCCAUAUUGGCUGGGACUUCUGGGGGAUGAAACAUCAGGCAGACCAAAGGUUGAAAACCAUUGCUUUAAUGGAUCUGGCUGCUGGAAGAUCUGUCCCCUGCAUUACUGACCUCUGGCCACAGUGGUUCGCUUCUGCUAUACCUGGACUUUGGGAGAAGAGACAUGUGUGUGGCAUCCCUCAACCCCUGUUGCCCAGUGUGACCUGGAAUUGUGGCACAGUAUCUCAUGUACAUUACCACUGUUUAUUUAAAAAAUAGCUUCCUACCACGUAUGCGUUGGGGCUUCUGGAUGUCCCUAGGAACUGCCGUAAAGAGACAGUGGGAGUGGAUGGGCAAUCAUGGAGUGGAGGGGAUUCGGUGGGGUGCCUGGUUUCCGUUUAUUUGCACUUUCCCAUUGUUCUGUGCACUGGAAGUGUCCAUCCUGGAGGAAGCAAUGAAGAGCCACUUAACGCUCAGACCAUUCAGGGACCAAAAGAAUUUGCAGCAUGUCGUGUCGUUGUAGAGUUUGUUGUCUUGCGUCAGUGGAGAUGCAGCAAGUACUGUAUCACAGAAGGAGCUGGUUGGCUAAGCAACUUAGUGUUCCAAGGAGCUUUCCUUCCCCUCCCAAAAAGGUUGUGUACAUAACAGAAGUCUUCAGGGUGGAGGGGAUGGGAAUCCAGCGCAUGUUGUCCCUGUCUUACUGCUCAAGUGUAUGCAAGAACUCUUGUGAACUGUUUCCAACAGUGUGCAGCCUAAAGAGUGGCAUUUGAUGUAUCCAAGACUUCAGAGCUCUGUUUUGCAAAGCUCCCUUUUCCUUAGUGGCAUCCUUGGGGAUCAUUGCAUGAAGUCCUUUCUGCUGCUGCGUCAGGGCCUUAUCUUUCCUUCUCCUACAUUGUUCUUUUAGCUUACUUUCAUAGAGAGUGAGGUGCGUACCUGCGGUGUUCUGCUGGACAAAUUAUUUAGGUAGCAAGUUCUGGAACUAGGUACAGUAGUGUUCAGGCUUCUGAUAUGAUAUUUGAGCAAAGCUCAGGUCUAGGUGGAAACCAGGGAAUGGGUCUGAUGCCUCCCUCCUGUUGUCUUACUAGUUAAAGGGCUUGGUUAAAAACCCUUUACCCUUGAGAAAGAUACCCUUCAAAACUGUGUGGUUGCUGUUUGCUGUGGUUGCUCUCAUACGGUCAGCAGUUGGCUGUUGGAACUGGUGAAGAGAUAGUUUGCUGUUGUGGUCUUUGGGAGUGGCUGUGGCAGCUGUAUCGGCUGAGGGUUGUGGUCAGCCAGUCCUAAAGCAGAGUGUGUUGGACGCUUUCAUCAAAGCCUCAGAGCUCCAUUCUGCAGCAUCCUGGUAUUUGUCAGCUGGUGAGUUACCUGGAAUUGUGUUCCAAAGUGACUCUUUUUGCAUGGUAGUUCAGGGAACUGAAGCUCUCUAGCUGAGCGUUUAAUAGAUUACAGACCCCAGGGUUCUGUAGGAAUGGAGCUGUGGCAUUUUGAGUGGCAUCCAGGAGCUACGCUCAAAGGCUGACUCUUUUGCCCGGUGCUGAACCAUUUCAACUGCUGCUGGAGGUGGCUGCAAGUUUCAUAGGUUAAUAUGCUUUUCAAAGACUCACUGCACUGGAAAACGUUUUGACGGUUUUGUAGGUUCAUCCUAAAUUAUAACGUAUUGUGUCUCUAAAUUAAUAAAACAAAUCUUUAUGCAAA